UACAAAAUGUAUAUUGAGGCACUGAGCCAAAAAACCUUGGCUCAUUAGUGACUAGUGAUGGUCAGAUACAAUGACAUUGAGAUUUCCCGCACACUGGGGAAAUUAGCUUUUAAUUCUGUUGCCCUUGAGCCAGUUUCUAAAUAGCCGAGCCGGACAAUUGCAGCCGACAAGUUUUAAUCAAUUUAUUUUCAACAAGUGUUCGACUAAUGUCUUCAUAUUUGUUUCAAAAUUAGAUUUGUUUGAUGUGCACAAAGUAAUGUGUAGCCAGUUGAUUGUUAUCUCACUAGUAAUAUAACUGGUUGGAAUCUGCUACUAUUCCUGAAUUGUGUCUUAAUAAAACACUCCUCUUGCCAAAAAUAAUAAAUGGAGGGAUUGCCGGGAUAAUUGGGGUUUCAGUCGUCUUUCCGCUCGACCUCGUUAAGACAAGACUUCAGAAUCAACCCGUCGGAUUACAUGGCGAGAAAAUGUACAGUUCAAUGUUGGACUGUUUUAAGAAAACAUAUCGAGCUGAAGGAUACUUCGGAAUGUAUAGGGGUUCUGCUGUUAAUAUCCUUUUAAUCACCCCUGAGAAAGCAAUCAAACUUGCAGCUAAUGAUUUCUUUAGGCACCACUUAUCCACUAAUGAUUCAGGAAAGUUGCCACUGAAGAAAGAAAUGGUGGCCGGUGGUAUGGCAGGUUUUUGUCAGAUAGUUAUAACAACUCCAAUGGAGCUUUUAAAAAUUCAGAUGCAAGAUGCUGGAAGGGUGGCAGCAUUAGCAAAAGCGGAAGGAAAGAUCAUACCUAAAACAUCAGCAACAUCUCUAGCUAUGGAUCUAUUAAGGGAGAAAGGUAUUGUAGGACUUUAUAAAGGAACAGCUGCUACAAUGCUCAGAGAUGUAUCAUUUUCGAUCGUUUACUUUCCAAUGUUUGCACGACUAAAUUCUCUCGGACCUAGGAAAAAAAAUUCAGAUGAAGCAGUUUUCUGGUGGUCGUUCUUGUCUGGGUGUGCUUCAGGGUCAAUUGCAGCUCUUUUUGUAAAUCCUUUUGACGUUGUUAAAACAAGGCUGCAAGCAAUUACAAAGACUGAUACCACUCCUAAGUAUUCUGGAAUUGCAGAUACAUUCCUAAAAACAUUAAAGAAUGAAGGCCCUACAGCGUUUUUCAAAGGCGGUGCGUGUCGUAUGAUAGUAAUAGCACCUCUUUUUGGAAUAGCCCAGAUGGUUUACUAUCUAGGCGUGGCGGAGAAAUUACUCUCCUUCUUUUAGAUCACAAGAAGACCGUGUAGUAACAAAGAAAUACGCGUUUUGGAUACUGUCAAGUGGUAACCAAAAAUGCAUUUUAGUGGAAAAAAAUUUAACAAACUCCAGGUUAGUAGAUAUUUUAGCUUGAUGUUAAGUGUUUUAAUAAUGUUUGUGGCCGAGGGAGAAAUCUAUUUUUAAAAAUUAUAUUUAUUUUCUAUGUAUAUCUAUGGUUAAAUGUUUAAAAUCUCUCUCUUGCCUAUGGUUUUUUCAUACAAAUGUUUCAUCUCAACCAUUGACAAAGUCCUCUUAAAUUGAGUUAUACUAUUAUUAUUUUUCUCUAAACAAUUUAUAUUUUUUAAAACUAGAAACUUAUAUAAAUAGAAGACAAAAUUAGAGAAAUUCUUUUAUAACUAAUUAAUUUUUAUAAGAAAUUGUAUAUAAUAAAAGUUAUAUCAUGAGGCUUUGCAGGCGAAAUACGUAGUCAAUUGUCACUGCUUCAAAAAUUAGUGAUUUUAAAUAAUAUUGACAUUCAUGUGAUUCCAUUUAAAUUUGGAAUAAAUUUAACUAUAUAUGUGAGAGAAAAAGCAAUAUUGGUCAUUUAAUAAAGCAUUGUUUUAAAUGUGUGCUGUGGUGGCAAAAAAGCAUAGUUCUGUAGUAAUGUAACUAAUCAAUUAUAUGUUUAUUAUUUGUAUGUAUAUACACGUAUAUAAUAAUGUUGUCUUAGAAGGAGAUUAAGACAAAUUUUCUGACAAUAAUUACUUUUUAGUAGUGUAUAAUUGAUGUCUACAUUUUAUAAAUGUAGUGUUACCAUUAUUGAAAUUAAAGAGAAAAAAAAACUAAAUAUUUAUUGAUUUUUUAAACGCUAAAUAUCUGUAAUUAUAAUUAUUUUGUUAUGAUUUAUCUUUAUUUUAGGGGGAAAAAUGGUUUUGUGUUACAAAAAAUUUGUUUUUUCCCAAUAUUUUUGUGGAUGACGAGUGCAGAACGGAAAAAAUAGAUUCUCUAAAACGAGCUUAGAAUCAAACAUAUAAGCGUUAAUGUAUGACAUUGUUAUUAUUAUUGUACAUGUAAUUUGAGUGAAAUUGUGAAGAAAUUUUAUAUACAAAAAUAUCAACAAAGCACUAUGUGACAAACUAUUUAGUCUUUCAGCUUCCUUUAUAAUAGUUUUGUCUUAAUAAUAUAUACUUAGUGCUUAAAAUCACUGCCAUUAUAUAAUUGUAAAAAAUAUUGUUUUAUCGAGAAUCAAUCAGUUUAAGUUUUCUGCACUCGAUGUCAUAGUUUUAAAAAAAUAUAAUCUGUACUUACAUAAAAAUAUGUGUAUGAUAUUAAAAAGGUGAUAUGAUUUA